CAGCCCUGCUUCCGCGAGGCUUAUGAAAUAUGAAGCUCAUUUAGCGGCUCUAUUUUUAAGCCACACACGAUUAUACGAGUUUCCUUCCACAGAAUCGGUCCCAGCUAUCCUAUGUAUUUAACAUGACAAAGAUGGACGGGCAGCAUCUCCUUCCUAGCUUUGGGCCCUACGAUCCACAUCCAGCCAUGAUCGGGUCGGUUGGCUGGCGAGGGCGCCAGCCACAUUCGUCCAUUCGUGCUCCUAGCCAAGACACCAGCGACCCUGUCGAGACAGCAAUUGAACCGGAUGACUUGCGGGCCAUGAGCCCGCGGAUGACAAGCGAGGAUGUUGAAGCGUUGGAGCCAGUGUGUCCAACAACCAAGUUACUUGACUUGGUUGGUUGGGAUUGGUUGAUUACGUAACAACCAAGUAAAGUAAAGACGGUCUUCAACCAAGCAAAGCAAGACCCCUUCGCUUACUCGGGUUUA